GGCGACAGCACAGACAAAACGAGCCAUCCAGCCAAACUUACAAACUUCCUCUUUCUUUGACACGAUGAAGCUUAACAUCGCCAAUCCCGCCACUGGGUGCCAAAAGCUUAUUGAAAUUGAAGACGAACGCCGCGUUCGUGUCUUCAUGGACAAGCGUAUGUCCGCUGAAGUUCCUGGUGACUCCAUUGGUGACGAGUUCAAGGGUUACGUUUUCCGCAUCUCCGGUGGUAACGAUAAGCAAGGUUUCCCUAUGAAGCAGGGUGUUCUUCUUCCCCACCGUGUCCGUCUUCUCUUGAGCAAGGGUCACUCCACCUACCGUGCUCGUCGCACUGGUGAGCGCAAGAGAAAGUCCGUCCGUGGAUGCAUUGUCUCUUCUGACUUGUCCGUCAUCUCCCUUGUCGUUGUCAAGCAGGGUGAACAAGACAUUCCCGGAUUGACCGAUACUGCUGUCCCCAAGCGUCUCGGACCUAAGCGUGCUAACAACAUCCGCAAGUUCUUCAACUUGGAAAAGACCGAUGAUGUCCGUAAGUUCGUCAUUCGUCGUGAAGUUCAGCCCAAGAACCCCGAGAAGAAGCCCUACACCAAGGCUCCCAAGAUCCAACGUCUUGUCACCCCUGUCACUCUCCAACGCAAGAGAAGACAACAAGCUCUCAAGCGCAGACGUGCUGAGGCUUCCAAGGAGGCUGAGGCCACCUACAAGGAGCUUCUUGCCAAGCGUGUCAAGGAGUCCAAGGAGCGCAAGCACGAGAUCAAGAGACGUCGCACUUCUUCCAUGCAGAAGUCUUCCUCUGCUUAAGUUUGUUGCAUUCUUAAAAAUUUAGAACAAAUUGCGAAUGUAGGAAAGCUAUAGCUUUUUUUCCAGCCCCAUUGUUUUCUAAAAUCUGUAUCACCCAUUUAACUUGAAGCACCCAAUAAAUCCGUAUAAAUGGCGGUAGAUGUUUAAAAAGCCCU